UCUGGGCUUCUCUCUGUGCAUACAUGAGUGUCUCUGCGCUGAACGCCAACCGACCGACCGACCGACCGACUGACGGACUGACGGACUGACCGAGCGCCCGUGAGUUCCCCCGGCUAACUUUGCCCGCAGAUGAUGGCUCGGUGCUGGACGUUUUGGACCGGGAUCAUCGUCCUAGUGACUGCCUGUCUUCCAGUCGUUGUCCAGUCUUUUAGCCACCUGAGCUUCAACCUCUGUAAGUGGUGUGAGGUGUCCAGUCCGGUGUGUAAAGACAGCGUCUGUGUUAGUAACUGCACCCUGUCCUCCUUCUGCACCGUCAUCGAGGAGAUCUGCAUCGCCAUUUGGAGGAAGACCAAUGACACAAUGACGGUGCACACGAUGUGUCAUCACCCCAGUCUGCCACUAGAGGGCGUAGACCCCGGCCUGUUGCUGAAUUUCACCUCCAGAGAGUGUCACAUGGUCCCACAGCCUGCAGAGGAUGGAGCCAUGAUGGUCUGUGGCUGCCAGGGAGAACAUGAAUGCAACGACAAACUCAUCUUCAACAAGGGAGCCAACGGUUUCUUCAAGCUGCAGAGUAAAGAUGUGAUCCCGGUGGUGGUGGUUAGUUUGGUGCCUCCUGUCCUGGUGGCCAUCAUCGCCACUGCUGCUUUCUACUUCUAUCGCACACACUGCCCUGACAAACCUGGCCCCCCUGCACGACCUGACUGGUCCACCAAACGCAGUCCAGAGCUCUACCAGGGUUUGGAUAUGCCGCGUGGGGGACGGGUUGCUCGGUCGGAGGGCGGAGGAGGAGGUGUGACAGGUCCUGGAUCUGAAGGGGAGGAAUCUAACUCCAAGGUACCAUCGCUCAACAAUGACAUCAUCAGUGACAUCACAGAUUGGCAAGGUCAACGGACUGAUCCACUGCCCAUCAAACUGGAGGUCCUGGUGGGGAAGGGGCGCUUUGCUGAAGUAUGGAGGGCAUGCCUGCUGCAGCCUGAGAAGGGUGGAGUCAACAGUUACGAAACAGUGGCAGUGAAGGUGUUUCCAGCCGUAGAGUACGCCUCGUGGAGAAAUGAGCGCUCCAUCUUCUCUGACUCCAAACUGGAGCACGACAACGUGGUUCAGUUCCUGGCAGCUGAAGAGAGGGGUCCGCCUGGUCACGCCCUCAGAAAAUACUGGCUGGUUUUGGCCUAUCACAGUCUUGGCAACCUGCAGGACUUCCUCACAGCAAACAUACUGAGCUGGGAAGAACUUAUUGCCAUGGCAGGCAGCAUUGCUAAAGGUUUAGCUCAUCUCCAUAGUGACACAACACCCAGCGGGAUAUCAAAGGUGCCAGUUGCCCAUCGGGACCUGAAGAGCAGUAACAUUGUGGUAAAGAGCAGGAAGGACUGUGCUCUGUGUGACUUUGGUCUGGCACUGAGAUUGGACCUGUCCCUCACUGUGGACGACUAUGCUAACAGUGGACAGGUGGGGACAGCUCGCUACAUGGCUCCUGAGGUACUUGAGUCCAGGGUGAACCUGGAGGACCUUGAGGCCUUCAAACAGAUGGAUGUUUACUCCAUGGCUCUGGUCCUCUGGGAGAUGGCCUCCCGCUGCCAUGCCAUCGGAAAAGUGGAGAGCUACGAGCCGGCGUUUGGCUCCAAGGUCUGUGAGCAGCCCUGUGUGGACAGUAUGAGAGACCUGGUGCUGAGGGACCGAGGACGGCCUGACAUCCCCUCAGCGUGGACGCAGCACCAGGGGAUGAGUGUCUUCUGCUCCACCAUCACUGAGUGCUGGGAUCACGACCCAGAGGCCAGACUGACGGCUCACUGUGUGGUGGAGCGCUUCAACGCCCUGCAGCAGCAGGAAGAGGAGGAGGAGGAGGAAGAACUGAGACCAGAAGCUGACCGACAGGAGGACGAAGAGAGACAAAAGAACUCAUAGAUGCCAGGCAACGACCAGAUUCACUCCUCCACUGCUGCUUCCUCGACCUCCUCCUCUUCCUCCCUCUAGGUCCCUGGUUUUUGUCAUGACAGCAGUGGUCGGUACUUCCAUUACUUUGGUCCAGACUGAAAUAUCUCAACAACUAAAGGCCGGAUUGUGACGAAAAUCAAUUCUAAAACCAGGCUUGAUCAGGUGCAUGUAAACGUGUUCUCAGAUUACCUGCACACCCCAGAGUGUGACCUGGCGGUGUGAAACACAGCCAUUGCCCCCCCUACAGACAAACAGUACAAUUAUCACUAAUGUUUUCUCUGUGGGACGUCCUGGAUUUUUCACCUGGAGUCCAGAGAAGACAGACGAAUCCGAAGACUGACUUUGUGCCUUAAGAUGGUGGACUCGCUUUUGUCCCGAUCAGAGUGAGCAGUGAGAGGAGAUGUGAUGAGUACAGGCCUCACCUGGUACCUUCUCUGCUGGCGGAGACAGACGCUCAGUGGACACUCAAUAGGAAAAUAUUUCAUUUUCUUGGAGCCGGUCUCCAUUUUGUUUUGGUAUAACUCUUUAAUAGUGACUGUGAUUAUCAUUACUAUAACCUUGUAUGGAUUUUUUGCCCAGUGGAGGGAAUUUGCUUAAAAUCAAAAUCUGGA